AUGGUCGCAAACGAGUUUACGGUGGAUUUAAGUAAACCACUUGUUUUCCAGGUCGGCCAUCUUGGAGAAGCUUAUCAAGAAUGGGUACAUCAGCCGAUUGUCAGCAAAGAAACGCCGAGAUUCUUCGAAAAUGACUUCUUGGAGUUCUUGACACGCACCGCGUGGUGGAUAAUACCGCUCGUCUGGCUACCGGUCGUGUGUUUUUUCGUGUCGUCAUCCGUAAAACUCGGACUCCCUCCGAAUGAUGUGGCGUUAGCCAUUUUCUGCGGUAUUAUGGUGUGGACACUUGUCGAGUACGCUCUGCAUCGUUUUCUUUUCCACAUAAACACAACAAGCUAUUGGGCAAAUACGUUGCACUACCUCAUUCACGGAUGCCAUCACAAGCAUCCGAUGGAUGGCCUGAGGCUCGUUUUCCCUCCAGCCGCAGCUGUCAUUCUAGCCUUGCCACUGUGGGGUAUGGUUAAUCAGCUUGCAUCGGAGGCUUAUGCCCCUGCUGUGUUCGGAGGCGGUUUGCUGGGAUAUGUUAUGUACGAUUGCACUCAUUACUAUCUACACUAUGGAAAGCCGUUGAAAGGCAUUUCUCAUCAACUCAAGAGAAAUCACAUGGAGCAUCACUUCAGAAUUCAGGACAAAGGAUUCGGAAUAACUUCGAAUUUCUGGGAUAGGGUCUUUGGAACACUUCCUCCUAAAACCGACGGGAGGUCAUUGAUCGAGGAGGUCGCUGAUGUUCGAGGGUCGAGGGGCCAAGAUGGAGGAGGUGAAGGUGGUGAGGAUUCGGGCCGAGUGAAUGGGACCGAUCUCCAUGGCUUCUCGGCGCUGGCGAUGGGUCACUCACGGCUAUGCGAGGAAUCUGAAACUCGAACCUGCUGCUACUAA